GGAGCAUGAUUAUUCAGUUAACCCAAAGUUACAAAACCAACAAAUUAGAAUGUGCUAUAAUCUAAAUCAGUAUCAUUUUGUUGUAAAUUUAAAGCGAGUAAUUUAAUAACUAAAAAUGACAGGGUCAUCAGUCGACAAUUGGGACGUAUUAGACGAUUUGAUCACUAGAGAUGAAAGUGAAAGAAAAGAUCAAGAAAAAAUGUAUGCCAAUACAAAUAACGAGGUGCGAAGACCGGCAUCGUUGACCGCUUCAAGAAAAACGACAACAGACGAUUGGCUGGGCCUGCGUCCGAAAAGCAACGUGGAGAUAACAUCGUACGAACCGUCAUCAUACGACAACGGUGGACCGAAUGUGUCGAGGCGUCAUGACUUUAGGCGACAGAGCACGCAACAGCGAACAUCCCGUUCGGCGGGCUUGUUGUUCAGCGACGACGAAGAUGACGUUAAGAAGAAUAAAACCACCACUAGAAACGUUUUUGACUCGUCAACCGAUACCACGUACCGCGGUACGGGUGUAAGUGCUGUACCAUUGCUAACCACGGCAACGGCCACGGUCAACGGAAACGCCGUCGACCGGACGAGGACCGCGAUUUCCGAGUCACAGACGUUGUCGAAACGCCGGGAGACAUCACCGUCUAUCACGGUCGCAAAAAAAACCGCGGCAGCCACAGAAAAUAUUCCUUCUUGGUUGAACGGGUUAAUACAUAAUACAGAUGAAACGACCACUCUAACUACCGCUCCGCAAUCUACUCAACAUAUUUUAUCCACUGAUACAAUGGUUGAAACGGAUGUUCCACAAAAAACUGAAAAAGUUGAACAAUUUGCCGAAGAAAAAUCGACUUCGAUUUUAUCCUUGCUUAGAGGAAAAGACAGUAUCCAAACUUCCAUGUUGAAAUUGAUUCAAGAAUUAGCUAAAAAAAAACAAGACAUACAACAGGCUGCAAUAACAUUGAUUCAAGAUCAACAAAAUAGCGAUCUCCUUAUUAAAGCGUUGUUAAUGGAUAAUAGUUAUUCUACAAUGAACCCUGAUGGACAAGAAUUAGAACGUCUAAGAUCUGAGAAUCACAAAUUCCAACUGACAAACGAUCAUCUUUCAAAAAAACAUGAAUUAGAAUUAGAUGCCUUAAAGACUAAAUAUGAAUUACAGCAAAAUGUGUUGCAUGAGAAACUAGACCGUUAUGAGGAGCGCGUAAAUGAGCUGGAAGAAGAACGAAAAGCCGAUAUGACGGAACGGAAAGAAAAUGAAAAGUGUUUAAAAGAUAUGUAUGAGGAAAGGUUACGCUUGAUUCAUGAGAGUCAUUUAAUAGAUCUUAAGCAAGCUACUGAAGUACAAAGAAUUAAAAUGAACCAUUUGGAAGAAAUAGAAUCUAGUUUACGUGAUUCAAAGCCAAGGCGCCUGACCAACGAAGAAAUGACCGCUAGAGAGAUUUCAAUUAGCGCUCAAAACAAACAACUUAAAGAUUUACAGGAAGAAGUAGAUAAGCAGAUGGCUACGUUGGAAGGAGAAAAGUCUGCUCUUCAAAUGAAAAUCAAAGAAUUCGAAUCAAGAAAUCAACGAGAACGAAACGAACUGGAACUCUUAAAUAAAGAGCUAAAACGAUCAAUGAAAGCAUUUGAGGAUGGUCGUAAGACAUGGGAACGAGAGAAAAAAUCAGAAACACAAUACAUCGAAAGUAGAAAACAAGAGUUAGAGGAUGUUCGAUCGUCAGUCAUCGAAGAACAGCGAAAAUUAGCAGAAGAACGUUUUGAAGUGGCUUCGGAGCGAUACAAACUCGAAACCAUGCUAAAAUUAGAUACUGGUACUGGAACUGAUUUAAUACAGGCCAAAGUGGAAGUUAAAGAAAGUUUUAAGGAGCUAAAAAGAAAAGAAAAAGAAUUAGAUAAACGAUUAGAACACAUUAAAGAACUAGAAAAACGUUUAGCCGAAGAAAAAAACAAGUUACAAGAGCUAGACGAUGAGAUUAAAAUGAAAUCAAUUCGUGCCGAAAAAAUGUUUAAGAUGGCACUUUCAAAACAAGAAGAAGGUCUAAAGGCUUUAGAGAAUGCAAAAGAUAUUCAAAAUAAGUUUGAUAAAAAAGGUAAAGACAUUCAUAAUCGACUAUUGGAUGUAAUAAAACGGGAAGAAAAUAUUGUCAUGGAAGAAACUAAAAUAUCUAAAGAAAAAGAUGAGUUUAGCAAAUUACGAAAAAAACUUGAUCUGGUUCUUCCUCAAUUGUCCGGAGAUGAAAUACGUUUUUUAGAUCCUAAUUUAAAUAAAUAUGAAGCUGAAAAGGAAGUAUAUUUUAAGAAAACUCAAUUAUACUAAUUGUAAGUUUUGUAUUAAAUGUUGAUCCCAGUGGCGGAUUUGGACGUGGAUUCGCCUCAUUGCCCCGCCACCUAUGGAGUUUUUUUUGUUACUCGUAAAAACGCGUCUAAUAUGACAUAAUGACUACAUAAAAUUCAUAAGUCAUAAACUCAUAACUAUAACUUCAAACUUAAUAAAUGAUACGAAAAAUGGUAUUCUUUUGAAUAUCUUAUCAAUUUUUAUUAUUUGAUAAAUUUUGAUAUCAAUACAAAUUAUCGAAUUUAAUUAACAAUAUAAUAUAUUCUUCAA